AUGAACCAGACCAUCUGGUUUGGCAAUUUUGCGUCCGACUCAUUGUGGACCGGAUCCGGCGGAAAGUGUGGCAGACGACUCGGUGAACCGUCUAGACGUCUUAGAAAGCGGCGUCAACUUCAUUCUCGUUUGCAUUCUACGCCUGAGCAGUGGUUUCAGGGGCACCAGGGACAACAAGGUCGACGUCGGAGCCGAAAUUCUCGCGACUCGAAUCCUCACCAACCCGAGGAGUCGGGGCAGGAUGAAUCAAACCAUUGCCGAACUGCAUUGAGACUGGACGAAAAGACUCUGAGAAUCACAAGCAAACAAUGCGAAUCGCAAUCGGUUGCUUUGGAAGAGUUUUCAUCCAGCCUUACUGAAUUGCAAGAAGAACAUGAACAUCGCCGAGAGGAGAUACGUGAUAUUGGAGAGCAAAAUUAUAGGAUGGAAGUGAGGGGACGUGACGAAGAGGAGGAGGAGGGGGAGGAAGAUGAGGAGGAGGAGGAGGAAGAGGAGGAGGAGAUGGUAUUAGAAGAUCCGGAAGGAGAUGAGGAAGAAGAAAUAGAGAAAAGUGUGAGUAGAGAAGAAGAGGACGCGAAAGGCGAAGAGCGAGAGAACGGUGAACUGGAGAAAGGAGCGAAGGAGAAGAAUAAGGUGGAAGACCGGCUGAAUCAUCAACCGGUCAGGAUCAAGGAGGUUAGGAAGACGACAAUAAAACGAAGAAAUUAUGAACCAAUAUUUGCAGCAGCCAAAAAAACGGCUCGAUGUAACUGGCCUGGCGUCCAGUCAGAUCAAAUGGAGGAUAAGAAGCCAAAUGUUCAGGAGAGCAGGUGA